AUGGAUAACGAUCGCACGCUGCGGGGAAGCAGGACACCCCUACAUUCUGAGCUGGAGAGAUGUAGCCACCGGAUGCUGUAUUACAAUGACAACGAGACCUGCAGGGAAUGGGUGACUGUGGGUUUGCAUCUGCAAGUAAAGGGCACCCUUCUAAUCGCCAAAGAGCAACUAGAGAUGAUUGCAGGAGCAGGGAGAAAUACGGCACUAAUGUUCUCCUGUCUGUGUGUCUUCCCAACCCCCCCACCCCCGUCCCCUGCAGCCUGCCUGCUCCAGGCCGAGCUGGUGAAUUACGAGCGAGUCAAGGAGUACUGCCUCAAAGUGCUUCAGAAAGAAGGUGAGAACUUCAAGGCGCUCUAUCGAUCAGGAGUGGCAUUUUACCACCUGGGCGACUUCAACAAGGCUCUCUACUACCUGAAAGAGGCAAGAUCCCGCCAGCCGACAGAUACCAAUGUCAUACGAUAUAUCCAGCUGACAGAGAUGAAGCUCAGCAGAUGUUCCCAGAGAGAGAAAGAAGCCUUGUGAAAACGAAGCCACUUCAGCUGAAAUGCCCAAGGGGGAACAUUUCCUUCCUAGAAGCCCAUUUGGUGGAUUUUCCUGUUUGCUCUGCCUCAUCCUCAUCUCCUCAUCCAUCCACUCUCCCUUGCUCUUCAUUGAAUCCCAGUUUUGAAAAAAGAGACUUAGACGCUGGAUAGGGCUGCUUGCCAACCAUGGUAAUACCCCUUCCCUGUGGCAGGAGAGCACAAUGGCUACAGCUGGCCUUGUUCCAAGACUGGAAAUCUGGAGUAGGCAAUGCUGGGGGACCUUUCUGGUCCUGAGCUGACUGCCUAUUGCCCUUAGGGAAGCAACCACCAGAACAACUUCCUGACCAGGCAAGUUGGAGGCAAACAACUUCUGCUCUGAGUGAUCACUGGAGCUUGGAAGAGCUAAGAAACCAAGAGAGCCACUGGUCAUUUCACAGGGGAUAGCAAAUGCCUUUUUAUCAUCAGUCCCCUCUGCCUGCUUCUCCAGUGUGUGUUAUCAGUCUCCAGUGAGAGCUCACACGCUCCCAGUCUAAUGCCAGUGAAAACUGUUUCUAAACAUCCUCUUAAUGAAAGCACAGAGCACCCUACAACCCCCCCCGCAGAGCUGUCCUGGUGCCAGAGGAGAAGGCUGUGGGCUACCACAGAAUGCUGAACGGUCUGUGAAAGCAUGGUGUACAGUAUGAGGGAAAAACUGUGAAAUAAUUCAUUAAAGGCAAAUAAAAAUUAUUAAUAGGCAACAA